AGUGGCACGACAACAUACAGGAAUUUGAAAGAGCUGACUGCAGCAGGGAUUGAAGUGAAAAGGAGCGAGUCAGAGUGCCCCUUCCACAUCACUUUCUCCCCCCGUUGUUUGUGCGGAGAACUCAGAGUGCCAGGGUUAGUGGUGGACGGCACAACUGCUUCAACAUUCCUGAACUUGAUGGCGUACGAGGCGUGCCCAGAUUUCGAGAACAACUACGAGAUAAGCUCGUACGUAGAAUUUCUGGACUCACUGAUCGACCACCCGGACGAUGUGAAGGUGCUGAGGAAGGCCCAGGUUCUGCACAACGCCCUCGGUAGUGACGAGGAAGUGGCCGAACUGUUUAACAACAUAAGCGCUGACGUGGUGCCUAACGCCGCAAUAUAUGAGUCUCUUAGACGUGACAUCGAAAAGCAUUACCGGCAGAAACACAAGACCUGGUUCGCUCUAGCGAAGACUAAAUAUUUCGGCAACCCUUGGUCCUUCAUUGCCUUGAUUGCUGCUUGUGUGGGUCUUCUUCUCGUUUCUUUCCAAACCUAUUUCACUGUUUUUCCCCGCCAUUCUAGUUAGACCCCCACAUGGCAAUAAAAAGGACCUACUCCCCCCGUUCACCACUUCUAGCUAGUAUAUUAAGUAGGUACAUAAAAAUUUAUUGCGUGUGCUCAACCUUUUUAUACUUGCAUUGGCGUGUUUAUAUUUGAUCAAACAGCUUUUAAUUGGAGUGAUUGUAUUCUUUUCAUGUAAUCGG